UUCAGUUUCGAGCGAAGGUGGCGCUGGCGGAGCUUCAGGUAGGGCACAAGCAGAAGGGCGCGCACCUCAUCGGGCAGCUGUUGCGUCGUUACCCGAGCUACCCGGAAAUGCUGCUGGCGGCCGCUUCGGUGGCCUGGAGCGACGGCGAGUUGGUAGAGAGCCAGGAGAUGUUCGCCGAAGCGAUUCGCUUGGACGGGCGCCUCAUGGACGAGAACUACAUCUGGCUCAUCCUCCGCUGGCCGGAGCAGCCGCUCAGCAUGGUGAAAGCGCUCCGCUCGGCCUCCAGCGCCCCGAAGGGGAGCGGCCUCGAGGCCCUGGGGCUAAAAACGCUCCUGUCUAUGCCCCGCGAGGUCAUUUGACAAGGUUUCGAGCUUCUCGACCUCGGCGUCUUUGUCCUGAUCUGACCGGGUUCGGUUCGACGUUUUUUAUCGCAUCUGGUCACGUCGCACGGUUGUCUGAUGCCAAAUUGACCUGAGGUGCAGUCUUGCUUUGGUCUACGCAAGCCGGCUCCGCAAGCUGGUGAUGCCUGGUGCUGAGGAGUGGGCCCAGUCGAUCAGGGCACCGGCUGCUGGUUUACCGAAGACGCUGCGGGGGGUGUGAACGAGAAGAGGAUUUGCGAAGGGGGGGGGUGAGGCUUUUGGCAGAGUACUGGCUGGUGGAUGUUGGGGAUUAGAAGCGUGGGAGGAAGAUGGCCGAGCAUCGCACCAGUGACGGGUAUUCUCAGGCCCCAUAUCGCAGCUAGGGGUUACGCGAGAGGGGCACGAGAGGAAAAGGGGAGUUCCUUGUUGAAGGUGGCAGCUGGGCUGCUCCCGAUCGCAUGGAACGGCGUUUUCACGGCCGUAACACGCGGACCGACAGACAGCGUCGUUGUGAAUACUGUAUAAAGAGGGGUGUGUAUCGUGCGCGGUCCGACACGUACUCGGAUGUACGUUCGAUCGUUUUGAAACCGUGCGGGUGGUUUGUGUGAGAGGUAAAGCAAAGUAUUGUUGGGUCGUAAAGCGAGGCACACGCCGGAUGUUAGUAACGUGCGGAGGGACCACCAAGCGCACCUGCGUGGAUGGCGACGUGUCGCUUUGGACUUGUUUUAAGGUUUGGUCGGGAUUGCGAGAAAAGGGGCAGCCGCCCAUCAAAGACGUUGGGUUGUUCGGCUUUGGCAGAAAACAUACCCAGCCGCAACGCGACGGCCGAGAGGACACAUGAUACGUAAUUUGAUGGCGUGUAUGUUGGGCAUCCCUGGGUUUGACUGAUGAUGUGGAGAGCGUAGGACCUGUGGUGUUCUUGCAAAUCCACACGACGCAACAGUGGACACAAAAUUUUCGUCGUAUUGCCGUCGAAAAGCAUUUUUCCUUGCCAAGGAUUUUGAGCAACGCAAGUGGUGAAGACUCUUCGCCAACAGCCCUUGGCUGCAAUGGUAUGAAAGCGAGGCAC